AUGCCGCCCUCGAGUCGGCGUCGCACGCGCCGCACCGAUGCUCGACUGCAGGAGACCUCUGACGCCGAGGCCCCGGACUCGUCGCCCAGUCGCCCGGCCAGCAAGAAGCGCAAGGUCGAGAGGCCGUCCUCGAGACCAUCCUCGCGCCAGGUACACACACCCGACCCUGCCUCCGGCGACGAGGCCGACCACUCGUCGCCCGAAAACGACAAUAACCAGGACCUGGUCGACACUGUGAUUGCCUCGCUAAACGUUGCCCGCGAAGAGGCAAACGUGAUGCGCGACCAUGCCAACGCCCGCGCCGAGAACAAGCAGUCGAUCCGCGCUUACGCCAAAAUCGCCGGCCGCGACUGGACCUACUAUGUCAAGACCCUGCACGUCAACCUGGGCCGCCCUCCGGACCGAGAACAAAAAAUCGACGAGCAAUCGAGCCCCGUGGCUAUCGCGGCUCGCUCGCUGCCGGAAGUCCAUGUCGAUCUGGGGCCCAGCAAGUUUGUGUCGAGGCUGCAUGCCGAAGUGUUUUUCGACGGGGGGGAACCGGCCUCGUGGCGCAUUCGAGUCAAUGGCCGGAAUGGAGUGCGAGUCAACAAUGGAAUGUUGAAGCGGGGGACAGACGCGGUGCUGAAAUGCGGAGAUAUCAUUGAAAUCGCCAACACCCAGAUGAUGUUUGUUACGCCUGGCGACAAGGCCAACAUCGACCCGGUCUUUGUCGAGCGUGCCCAGCGCAUUGCUGCGGGUGAAGACGUGCCCUGGGACCACCCUACUUUUGAUGCAAACAAUCGGCCAUACGACAACACCGACUACGCUGCUGCUAGUACCACUGGCGCUGCACCAGGGAAACCGUCGCUGGCUCCUGCUCCACCGUUCCUCAAACGCCAGGUCACUCCUCCGCCACGCUCCCCGGAUACCGUGGGUGGGCACACGGCCAAACAGUCGCCCUUGUACAACCGUGGCAUGAUGAUGGAAAGCACCGAGGAAAUCGACUACAGCCAGGACUCGGCCAAGGACCUCAAGCCACCCUACAGCUAUGCGACCAUGAUUGCGCAGGCCAUCUUCUCCAGCGAAGAAGAGAAGCUUACAUUGAACAGCAUCUACCAAUGGAUCAUGGAAAAAUACGCUUUUUACCGCCAUUCGCAGUCUGGCUGGCAAAACUCGAUCCGCCACAAUCUGUCCCUCAACAAGGCAUUCCAGAAAGUGCCCCGGCGCACCGACGAGCCAGGAAAGGGAAUGAAGUGGAUGAUUGCGCCCGAAUACCGGCAAGAGUACUGGAAGAAGCAGCUUAAAAAGGGGAACAAUUCGUCGGCCCCGUCCUCACCAGCAACCAAGGAACCGCCAUCGUCGUCUCGCGGCGGCAACGGACAAGCUGGUGGUUCUGGAUAUGAGGGUAUUUUCUCUGCUGCUGCCGCGAAAAACUCCCCACAAAACACAUCGCCUGGGUUUAGCUCAUUCUCGGUUGCCCCGGUCGAGGCAUAUACGCCUGAGAGGGGAUCAAAGCUGGGCCGAUCCGGACCUGAUCUCCCACGCAGUGUCAAUGCAACAGACUACGACGAGCCCUCGCCUCUCCCCACUCGCACACGCAACAACAUCAACAACAACAACAACAACAACAACAACAACAAUACUAGCAAUAACAACGGCGCCGCACGUGCAUACGGUCUUUCGGACAAUGCAACAGGAUCCCCACCGGUGCUGUCCUCGUCGUACUACGACGAAGGCCCAUCAUCGAUGAUCACACCCGUACCACAGCGACAUCAACCUCGCCUACCACCACCAAGCACCGCCCAGAUCCCGUCGAAAUUCAUGCCUAUCAGCUCGCCGGCGCAGUUUUGGAAAUUCGCCGAUAUUGGAAGCACACCAGCACGGCCCGUGCCGGACAUGAGUCCGUUGAAAGCUGGGACAGCUGCUUCUAGGGGUGCUGGUGGUAGUGGUGCAGGAGGCGUAUUACUAGGCGACAGUCUGAUGCCAAGCAGCAGUCCGCCGCCAGCGAACCUGGCGAGUCCGAGUAAACCAGGAGUUUUGAAUGGGAGGACGACGCUUGCGCCGAUUAAAAGAGAAGAGGAGCCGGAAAGUCAAGCGGGGCGGCCGGGGCAAGAAGAUGAAGAUGACGAAGAGGAGGAGGGCUUUGAUUUGGCGAGGGGCUUUCAACCGAUUGGGUCGUAUCAUCGCCAGAUCAAUACCUCGGCGCGAGCCAGCGCGACAUCUUAG